UAGUCAAUAAGGUUCUGAGUCCUCUGGCUAACCGAUCGUGUGUGAGCGAAGGAAUUUCAGAAAACAUGAGAAUCUUCUUCACUUUCGAGAAAGUUUGCAAACCUCUUGACAUUUUACAGGAGCAGACCGUCUUAUCAGUAAAACUGAUGAUAAAGCAAUAUUUUCGAAUUUCCUUGACAAAUGACAAUCAGGGACAUAGAUUUUUACAGCUGAUAUACGCGGGGGCAGUGUUAGAAGAUGACUGGGUGCUUGCCGAUGUAGGAAUGACCUCUUAUUCAACUGUCAAAUGCCUCUUAAAGGAGGAGGAGAAACCAAUUCUAUAUGUCUUCAAUGCUCUGACAAGGCAAACAAUUCCCAUCAUUGAGAAACCCCAGUUCUUAACAGCAACUGUUUCCGAACUCAAAAGCUUGGUAUCACUGAGAUCUGGCCUUCCUGUUAGUACCUUCCGCUUGAGUACUCAAAAGGGGACAGAACUGUACAACUGCAACAAAAUCGAUGACUACAAACUAGAGAUAGGAAGUACUCUUCGUCUGGACAUUUGGGAUGGAUGGAAAGAGUAUCUGACAGGAUGCCUGCUGGGGCACAAACAUAUCGUCCAGCACUAUCUGUCUGAAGAGGAACCUGUAGCAAAGUUCCAGCAGCGAGUGGCUCUCCACAUGGCAGCCUUCUUUGGUCACCUGGACCUUGCAGGCUGGUUACUGCAGCAAGGCGUCCGAGCGGAUAGGCCAGUUGGUAUUCAUCCUUACCGGGAAUGGUGCCAGGAAAUCGAACAUCCUGAUGUUAACAAGUGCCCGGUUCACGCAGGUGCUGAGGCAGGACAACUCCUGGUGCUGAAAGUGUUGGUGAACAACAAUGUCCUGUGCCUGGAUUGUAGGAAUCCUCAAGGACAUGACCCCCUGAAGAUCUGUAUACAGCACAGGCAUUUGGCUUGUGCCUUGUACCUUAUCGCAAAAGCAUGGUCUGUGGUUUCAUUCCAAGGCCUCUCGUUCCCCAUCCGUAUCUACAUUAAGAUAAAGCAGUGGCUCCAUAAGGUAAAAAGAUGUGUGCGCGCUAGGAAGAGGAUGACUUACAAAACUUGUGUUGGGGACACCAUUGUGGUGGAUGGUUUUACUGAGGUUAAAAUGAGUUCCAGGCCAAAGGUGAGACGAGGCAGAAAAGACAGCAAGGGUAAAGUAGCCACCUUGCCAGCGCUAAGCACUCAGGUGCCAAGUAAAAGACUCAAGCCCCCUCCUCUGAAUACCAAGCAGCAGGACAAAGGUUUGAUGGAUCUGAACCUACCAGCCAUAGGGAGCCAAAGGAAAGGAACAGCACCUGUGGCUCCCAAAGCUAAGAGCAACCUAGAAAAAGAAAGAGUUAACAUGCCCCUCCCAGCAAUAAUCAGAGACACAAACCCACGGCCUAAGUUCUUCUACUCAACGCCAAAUGCUGCUGGACUUCUGACAUCAUCAUUACUUUCAUUUUCUGAACACAAUGGAAGAACAACAAGACAGAAUGCCAUUUACUGUUUGGCACUGGCUAGCUCAUUUAAAGAGAAGCCUUGGCUGCAGCAGCUCAGGAUGGCAAGGAACCUGGCCAGAAGAACCAUACGGAGGCCAGUCUGCUGAAGAUCUCAGCUCCAUGUUGUGUUUUCAUUGACAGAGAUUAUAUACAGAUGCACCAAU